AUCGUGUCAAAUAAUAAUAAAAAUGGCGACUGGUCCAGGACUGCCAAAAAAUGCUCUGGAAUUACUAUCAAACCCGUGCAAAGUCGAAAAGCCGUUAACGGCUAAAUACUGGGGCCCAGCUGCUUGCGCCGUUGUCGGAUUCACCAGCGUGAUCAUCGGCAAUUAUCUGACCAGAAGGCCAGUUUUCAGCGGUAUCCAUAGACACGCGUUAUUCGGUGGCGGAGGCCUGGCGUUAGGUUUCUGGUUGGACGAUGUGAGGAACAGGUAUUUGGCGGACCGGGACGCAGUCUACCGUCACUACAUCGAAUUGCACCCAGAGGACUUUCCUGAUUAUGAUCGCAAAAAGAUUGGAGAACUAUUCUUACCAUGGGUACCAGUCCGUUAGAUGGGUUUGUUAUUUAUUAGAUUUAUAUUGUACAGUUUUCAUUAAAUAUACCAUGUGUAUUUAAUAA